GGGGUGGCGGGGUUUUGGAUGCAUCGUGGAGUUGGCUGAACCACAAGGUGCUUCACGGAUUCCCAUGGUGUUCCACAGUACGGAUGGUGUGAGUAAUCGCGCGCUGGACAGAGGCGUCAGAACGCCAACUGACCUUUGGGGAGGCCAUGUUGCCGUUCACUGGCGGCAUUCCAGGCCCCAACGUGAUGUGCACGUUCUCACCAGAUGACACGCUCAUGUUGUGCAGCGGCGUCGACACGCAUUUGUCGCAGUUCGAGGUGGCCUCCGGGCGGGCCUUCCCCGAGCGCUUCCCGCUGCGCGACCCGGCGCACCGGGACCGCUACCGCCGCUCGGCGUACAUGGCGGGCGGCGGGCACUUCGCAACGGCGGCGACGGAGGAGUCGCACCUCAGCGUGCUGUCGGUCCACGGCAGACCCGUGGCCUCCGUCGACCUGCGCGGGCUCGCGUUCGAGGAGCCCUGGUCGUCCCGCGACGACGGGCAGAUGUUUGUCCAGUCGCUCCGCGCCCACCCGGAAGCUCCUCAGCGGCUGGCGGUCCUGGUUUCGCCCCAGCACAGCAAGCGCUCGUGCGUGGUGAUCGCGGACCUCGACGUGCCAGAGCUGCGAGCGUCGCUGUAGCAUAGCAGGAAGGAGGGACGGAGGA